UUAACAACCAAGAUGUCGCUGUGACAUUCCGUGAACUAUAUAAUAAUUAGUUAAUUUAGAAGUUUUACAAUUUGUGCUGCAAAAAUAAGUUUACUACAUCUAAAUAAAUGCAAUUAACUAAAUUUCAACAUAUUAUCCUUUUUAUUUGGAAACAAUUACAGUGAAAUUGUGUUUAUCAAAAAUAGCAGCAAAACCCAUUAUAGUGACUAUCGGAAGUUAAAAUUCCAUUCUGUGUGUGAAUUGACAGUCUACUUGUCAAAAUAAUUGUCGGUUUAAUCUGCCGUUUGUGACAAUUCUUUUUUUUACAAUUAUUAUCUCAAAAAAAUACGCAAUGUGAAAUAUAACGAAUGUUCGUAUACAAUUUUAAAUUAAGAGAGAAUCUUUUCUAAUAAUUAAACAGUAAUUAUUAGUAUUGAAAAAAAACGGCUGCUGCUUUCCAGAAGUACCUACACAUAAGCAGUUUAGUUUGAUUUUCAUGCCUAAAAGUAUCGUUGUUAUGUUUAUUUUUUCUUGUGUUUAACACUCAUGAUACCAGAUUAGCUGUAGUAUUAAAAGUCAGCAUGGAGAAAUUUGCUAUUGAUUUAGACAAAGUACUCGAUGAGUUUGAAUUUAAUGAAGAUCGAGCUGAGCAAGUUGCAUCAGUAGCCCCAAGACAAAUUGGACCUUCAAUAAUUCCAGUUUCACAAGGAUUAAUUCCAAAAACUCAUAAUCGACCAACAAGCUCAACAAUUGUUUCAAAUGAAGAUCUAAAUGUUAUACCUCCACCUCCGGAAAGGCACAAAGAUGAACGUCCUCAUCAUAGUAAUACUGAGGAAUCACCUUUAAGAAUUGAAAGAGAAAAAAUGAAUGAUAAUCUUGCAAGUUUUCGAAAAGCCGAACUCAAACAGGAUAAUGUUGAUUCUAUCAAUCAUUUCUAUACUCAUGGUCGUUUAAAUGAUAGUAAAAUUCAACCAAAACAAUGCGUUGAAUCUCAAUCAUUAGAUCCAGAACCAGUAUCAAUAAUACAUAAUGAUAUAUCGCAAAAACUUUUACAAAAAAAAUUAAAUGACAAUAGUAAUUCAAAAGUAAAUAGCUACGAUAAUAAAUUAAAUCAAUCGCAUAUGAAACCAAGUGUCAGUAAUGUUUUUAGUAGUCUCAAUGAAUAUAUAAAUGCUCCAAGUGGAAGUUUAGUGACUGAAGAAAAUCCCAAUGAUUCAAUUAAUGUUAAUUUUAUUGUUUCUGAUAAUAAAAGAAAAGAUGAAUCCGUCUUAAAAAUUGAAUCCACAAAAGAUUGUACUGUCAUUAAAAAUAUAACAACUGACACUGGUAGUAUAAGUGUAAUAAAAAAUGAUAUUGGUGUUGCAAGCACAGGACCAAAAUUAUCAAAUGCCAUCACUCUACCACCAAAAUAUCAAAAUAUUCUUCUACCAAUUAAAUUGGAUACGUGUAUUGAAAAACCAAGUAACGUUGUAAUAGCCGAACAUAAAAUACCAGAAAAUGUUAAUUUACCAGAAACAAGUAAAUCUGUAAAUAUAGAGCGUAAUUUUAUAUCUCAAUUAGAUAAAACAGAAAGACAAGAAGCAAAAAGUAUCAUAGAUGAACCGGAAAAUGUUUAUGAAAAUGUUUAUAUUGGCACUGAUAUUCCUAAAACGCAGGGAACUAUUAAUAAAUUAAAAAAUUUAGAUACAAAAGAAACAAAACAAUUGGAACAAUCAUUAAAAGGAGAAGAAGAAAAACAUACUUAUGAAAAUAUUGAUUUUCCUUCAACAAAAAUUCGAAUUCCCAAUAAGGAUUCUGUUUAUGAAUAUAUUUUUCUUGGUAAUAGAGAACAAUUACCAGAGACAACAACAGAAUUAGAAGUUGCAGCAAAAAAAUUGGAUCAAUUUUAUGCGAAUAAAAAAAAUCAAGAAACAGAAUUAGAAAUUCAAGGGAAAAAAAUUGAUCAAUUUUAUACAAAUAAAAAAAGUCAAGAAUCUGAAACAAAAGGUAGUAAUACAACAAGAUUAGUAUUUCAAGCAGUUCAAUUAAAUCCACCGCCACAGGAACAUAAACCAAUUGGAUUUGGAAAUAUUGAUGAUUUAUCUGAAGAGGAAUUAAAUCGUUUUUUAGCUGAAUUAGAAGAAGAGGAGAGAGUUAAUGAAGCUUCUGGUUCUGAUGGAAUAUUACAAAAAUUUUCAAAUAAAAAACAAGACGAUGAAGAUGCAAAUGAAGCACCAAUAUUUGAGAGUGUUGUCAUUGGUGAAUUACCAAGUGUCUCUGAGGAGGAUCUUCAACAGAAAGCAAAGAAAUUUCCCGUUAUUGAUUAUAGUAAAGGACGAAUUGGUGAAAGUUCAAGUGGUGGUAGUGAUUUUUUAGCCAAGAAAGGUGUAGAAAAAUUUCACGAAUCUACAAAACCUAUUUCGAAAGUAAAAGAGGACAAAGGAAAAACAAGAAAAAGUAAAAAAACAAAUGAAAAAAUUAGAAAGUGCUCUGAUAAUUUUGAUAUUUCAAUUAAUGAAACAGUUGAUGAAAUUGUUAUAGCGCAAGAUAAAGAAAAUGGAAAUUGUAUUUCGGAAAUAGUUGACACUAAUAUAAAGGAAUGUAAUAAUAAAAGUGAAAAUGAUGAUGAUUUUCAAAAUAUUACAAAUCCUGGAAAUAAUUUAUCACAUGAUUUAAGCCUCGACGAGAGUGGUGAAACUGAUGAUGAUGAUGAGGAGGAUAAUGAUGAUAAUAAUGAUAAUGGCGAUGAUAAUAAACUAUUAAAUCCUGAAUUAAAUCCUCAUAACGAUGAGACUGGUAAUUUAAAUGUAAAUGAAAAUAUGAGUAGAAUAAAAAUGGAUGAUAAUAGUAGUAGAAGAAUUAAUGAUGUAGAUAACAAUUUGGAUCAUAAUGAAAAUAGUGAGGAGGAUCUUAAUCGACCAACAAGACCACAAACUUUGGAUAUUGUUGCUACAGUUAACAUGACUGAAUUUACGACAGGGAAACAAGAAACAGUUCCUGUUGUUUCGGAUGUUCCUGAAAAUGAGGGUAAUGGAGAUGAAAUUCGAGUACCAUCACCAGAUAUUUCGGAGAAUUCUUCUAUGGAUUCGGGAAUGGUACUUGGAAAACAACCGCCCUUUUGGAUUCCGGAUGCCGAAGCACCUAAUUGUAUGCUUUGUGAUGUGAAAUUUAAUGUUAUUAAGAGACGUCAUCAUUGUCGAGCUUGUGGAAAGGUGUUAUGUAGUAAAUGUUGCAAUAUGAAAUAUAGAUUAGAAUACCAGGGCAAUAUUGAUUCUCGAGUUUGUUUACCUUGCUAUCAACUACUCAUUAAAGCUGAAAUUGAACAAGAAUCUGGAGAUUGGUCAGGAUAUUCAAACAGUGCAAGUGGUCCGGGAAUAAAUUCACCUCAAGGGAGACAGCCUAAUCCAAAUAAUCCGAUGGAGUACUGUUCAACAAUACCACCUUUGCAACAGUUAGUUGGUGGUUUGCCUCCACCUCCCACGGUCAUGGUUCCAGUUGGUGUUCUUAAGAGGGAAGGAAGUACAAAACAACGUUCAGAGGGACAAAAAUCUGUCAUGUUCAGUGAUGGAAUAAGGCCUGGCUGUGACCUAACAGAAUUAGAUACAUCAUGGGAUCUAAAGCCACCGUCGAGAAAGGUUGGAAGUAAACGAAUAGCAGCCUCUGGUUUUCCAUCAUCGUCAAAUAUUGCCAAGAAACAAAAUUUACCCCCAUUAGAUCCAAAUACAAAUAGUUAUAUUCCUCAGGAUGCAAAUACAUUACCGCCAACUGUUAACAUUCAUAAAGGACAAAUAACAUAUACGGAUGUUUUGGAUCAAAACAGUUUAUUUGUUACUUUGAAAAAUGAAUGCGAACCUGCUGUGAUGUUUGCCAUUAAUCGAAAUCUCUACGCGUAUAUAAAAAUAAUUAAUUUGAGUUGUUGUAUGAACAAAAUAUGUUGGAAUAUCACAUCGAAAGGUCUUGCCUGUGUUGGGCAAGAUGAAGUUAUAUUUUUAAUAGAGACCCUACCUGAUGAAACACAAAUUCCAAAAGAUGUUCUGAUACAUAUCAAUCAGAUUUAUAUGGAAGCAACAAAAGGAAAUACAAUAACUGAAAACGGUGUAUCGAUACAUCAAAAUGGUAAUUUAUUAGGAUCUCGAGAGCAUGCAGGAUUUCUUUUUAUUCGUCAAACUCUUCAGUGUUUACAAAAAAUUGUUCUUCCUCCAUCUCCUUUUCUUGUCGGUUUACUAGUUCACAGGUGGGAAACUCCUUGGGCUAAAGUAUUUCCACUGAGGCUUGUUUUACGUUUAGGAGCCGAGUAUAGAUAUUAUCCUUGUCCAUUGGUCUCAGUACGUUUUAGAGAAGCUGUUUAUUUUGAAAUUGGUCAAACGGUAAUGAAAGUUUUGGCUGAUUUUCGAAAUUUUGCCUAUACAUUGCCAGCUGUACGUGGUUUAACAAUACACAUGGAGGGUACAACAACAUUUGUUCGAUUUCCGAAAAAUCGUUACGAUCAAGUUAUAAAGGGUUUAAAUAAUUCUAACGAUCAUGUAUUAGCAUUUGCGGCUAAUUUUAGCGUACAAGCUGAUUCACAUUUAGUUUGUAUACAAACAAAUUCUGAAGAGGAAAGUAGUUAUCAAACACAAGCAAUUAAUAUUGAAAUUAAACCAAGAAAAGUGACUGGAGCUAGUUUUAUUGUUAUCAAUGGAGCAUUAAAAUCAUCAAUGGGUCUUUCUGCUAAGACAAGUAUUGUUGAAGAUGGAUUAAUGGUACAAAUAAUGCCAGAGAAAUUGGAGGCCUUGAAAGCUGCUUUAAAAAAUAUGCAGGAAUUUACGAUAGGUUGCGGUCGACAAGGUGCUCCAGAACCCGAUGAAGUUGUUAAUAUUACGUGGGUCGAGAAUGAUGUUUUAUUUAAUUUAGGAGUCAAAAGUCCAAUCGAUGGUAAACCAAUGGAUGGAGUUCCGUCAAUUAGAGUUCAUAAUGGUGUGGAUUAUGUAGGAACAAGCAGGUUUAUUCGUUGGACGGAAGUAUUUAUAGUUAAGUCUGAUGAUCAUCCAAAUGGUGUUCAUGAUCCAGUGGACAUUAAUAAACUUUCGGAGAAUAUUGCUAGAGCUACAUGUACAGCUCUAGUUAAAUUAUUAGAUCUUUUAGCAGCCGCUGGACUCACAAAACUUGCUGUAAGAACAACUAUUCAUCCAGAUAAUGUUGGAUAUGAAGCUGGUAGCGAAGGCACACGAUUGCCUCCAAUUUAUAUGAAUAGUUUGGAUAAUGAGCUGAUUCAAGUUUUGCAAAAAGCCGUACAAAGUAGUCAGGAUACACAUACAGUCCUCGAAUUAGUCUUCUAUAUAUUGGAGUCUGAGAAUUAUUGUGUUUAGAUUUUCAAGUAAAAAAGAAAGAAAAAAAAAAUCCCCUCGUGGAUGGGUAAUGUGCAAUGUACAUUUGAAAGUCUUGUAACUUAACUUGAAUUACGUAAUUUUUGUUAUCAUUUCUUUUCUACAAGUGUAUUUCAAGUUUUGUAAAAUAGUGACUAAAAAAAAAAGUCCUGGCGUAAUUCUCAAAGCAAAAUUACAGACAAAAUACGAAGAUUAUGAAAAAAUCUUCCAACUUUUAAAAUGUUGAAAAGAAAAACACUCUCAGCCUGUAAAUUUUCAAAAUAAAAUCUCUAACAGGCUUAGGAAAACUUACAUAGCUUUAGCUUUUUUCAAGCGUAACAUUUAUAUGAAAUAUAUAUCUAUAUAUCUAUUAAUAUUUUUGUAUAAGCUUUGAAUCUUUCUUUUUAAACUGCAUUUUCUUAUUUUUUAAUUAAUUUCUUAUUCUUUGAAAAUUGAUUUUAAUCUAAAGUUUAUAUAUAUAAAAAAAAGGUUUUAAAUUAUUUUUUAACUGUAUGAAAAUCAAGAGAAGUCGAUUUGUGGAGAUUGAAUGAAAAAAAAGAAAGAAAUGUCAAAUUUUAUAUAAAAUUCUUUUUGUACAGUUUAUUCUUUCAGCGUAAGAAUUUAAUAUAAUUUGUUAUCGUCAUGUUACUAACCAUCGUUCUAAUAAAAUGUUGAAGCUAAUGUAAUGUAUGUAUAUUGUUACUUAUGUUUGAGAAAAAGAUAUUAAGAUCAAUUGAAAAAACAUAAGUAUUUAUUUUACUCUCCAUUAUGUAUUUCUCAGAAUAUUCUCUGAGUUUCAUGAAUCACAUCUAAAAAAAAAAUGAUAUAUCUUCUCAGGAUAGAGCAAUUUAAGUAAUUAUUUUGUGUUUUAUAGAUAAAAAAAGGGGUGAAUUUUUAUGCAGUGUAAAUGUGAUAAUAGAGCAAAUAAAUUGUACAUAUAUUACACUACUA